AGAGAGAAAGAGAGGGACAGAGAGAGAGGUUUGAGUGUCUGUGUGGUGGUGGUUUUGGCCGGAAAAAUGACAACGAGAGGGUCAUCGGGGAGGUUACCGACGUGGAAGGAGAGAGAGAACAACAAGAGGAGGGAGAGGAGGAGGAGGGCUAUCGCUGCCAAGAUUUAUACUGGACUCAGGGCGCAGGGCAACUACAAGCUUCCCAAGCACUGUGACAACAACGAGGUCUUGAAGGCUCUCUGCCUUGAAGCUGGUUGGGUCGUCGAGGAAGAUGGCACUACUUAUCGCAAGGGAUGCAAUCCACCCCAAACGGAGGCCGCCGUCACAUCAACUAACAUCAGUCCAUGUUCGUCCCACCAACAAAGCCCAGCAUCCUCUUCGUUCCCAAGCCCUGUUCCAUCGUAUCAUGCUAGCCCAGCUUCUUCUUCCUUCCCUAGCCCUUCUCGUUUCGAUGCCAACAACGCUUCGUCCUCUUACCUCUUACCCUUCCUCCGCAACCUGGCCUCCAUCCCUACGUCCCUUCCCCCUCUGCGCAUCUCCAACAGCGCACCAGUCACUCCACCCCUUUCAUCCCCAAAUUCCAGAACUCCGAAGAUGAGGCCUGACUGGGACUCACUCACUAACAGUCCCUCCAUGGCGUCCUUCCGCCAACCAUUCUUCGCCGCCUCGGCCCCUGCAAGCCCAAUUCGCCGCCACCAUUUCCCUCCGGCCACUAUACCCGAAUGCGACGAAUCCGACACAUCAACUGUUGAUUCCGGCAGAUGGGUCAGCUUCCAAACGGCAGCACCAGCACCAGGGGCAGCUCCGGCUUCGCCUACAUUUAAUCUGGUGAAACCCGUGAUGGCUCAGCUGAACUUGCCACAGGAUUCCUCCGCUCCAGGAUCGGGUUGGGGACUGGUGGGAGAGAGGGGACGAGGAGUGGAGUUCGAGUUUGAGAGCGGAAGGGUGAAACCCUGGGAGGGUGAGAGGAUUCAUGAGAUUGGAGUGGAUGAUCUGGAGCUCACACUUGGGAGCAGCAAGGCUCGGAAUUAAAAGUUACCAGCUUGAGGGUUUAGGGUGUUUCUGUGGAUGGAAGAAGAGAAUAAGAAGAG